AUGCCAAAACUCCAUCAAUGCAAGGGAAACCUCUGCAAAGAGGUAUUUCUCACCAAGCGAGACCUCCAUGUUCACGAAAGAAACUGCCAGAAGGUCAUAUCAGCCAGAGAGGCGCUCUACCAAGCAGCAGAAGAGCAUGAAUGUUCACUUAAACAUCGUCGCAUCAGGUCCCCACAAGCAGGAGAGUCAAAUCCUGUGCCUGAGGAGGUGUUUGAAGGGAUAGAUGACAGUAUUGGAGUUGGGGAUCUCGAGCUUGUAGAUGUUGAGGAAGCCGAGCAGUCAUCUGCUCAAUCUGUACAUGUAUCUAGGCCAUCUAGACGCAGUUUAGGCAGGCCUGAACGCUUUAAUGACACGAUUCCUUCUCCUUCUGUUGAGCUUGCUCAAGCUCCAGCGUCUACUCAAGAGAAUCUCGGCCGGAUAGACCCAGAUACCCCACUGGGGCUGCCUACUUCUCAUUCACCCUCCCCAGAGCAGCCUGCUCACGACUUUAUGACCAAGUACACGACUAGUCCCAACGAGUUUGGUCUCUAUCGCAUUUACCAGGCCAAACCAAUACAAGUCCACUGUGACACACUCAUGAGUGUCUCAGAUGCACCCUUACUCGAAUCAAGUUCAGCUCCACAGCGAACUACCAGUCUCAUAUCAUCUGGUGCACCAUCUCCUGCCGACUUAGACUCUGACGAAGUGAUGGCUCCGUUCUCAAAUCCCACAUGUGGGAUCAUGUACACGUACUUGGAGGAAAUAGAACUGGAUGCAUACGAUCCUGAUGGCGAGAAGGAACACCUCAACAAGUUUCUCCGAGCAGGUGACAAUGCUUUUCGCGAAGGAUAUGGCUGGCAAGAGUCCUCCAUCGAGAUUCCACUACCUUUUGAGGGUCGACAGAUGCAGGGAGGCGAGCUUAGAGCCCCAAAACUCACUAUUGAGGGUGUGUGGCAUCGCAAUAUAGCUGACAUUGUCAAAUAUGCGGUUGAGGAUCCCAUUUUCUCUACAUAUAACACGACACCAUUCGAGCAGCGCUGGAAGACAUAUGACAACCGGGACAUCAGGAUAUACUCGGAGAUGUACAGCUCUCAAACUGUCAUUGACGCGUACAACGACAUAAACACAGCUCCAAGGUCUCCUGGUGAUGACCUGGAACGAAUUGUCAUACCCCUCAUGAUCUGGUCGGAUGCAACACUCCUCACAAACUUUGGGGAGGCAUCGCUGUGGCCUGUAUAUCUUUUCCUGGGCAAUCAGUCAAAGUAUGUCCGUGGCAAGCCAUCGUCACAAUCCUGUCACCAUGUUGCGUAUAUUCCAAGUCUUCCAGAUGGCUGGCAAAAUACGUACACAGACAUCUUUGGGAAACCGCCCUCAAAAGAUGUCCAUACACACCUCAAGCGAGAGCUCUUCCAGAAGGUUUGGGAGCUGCUGCUUCACGAUGAGGGGUUCCGGCGUGCGUACAGAGAGGGCAUAGUCACUACUUGCGGCGAUGGGAUCAAGCGUUGA